AUGACGCCCACCCCGCCGUUGUUCCUGCUGCUGCUUUGCCUCAUGGGAGCUCACGCCACCAUGGACCUCCGCACAGCCGCCGCCAUGGCGGCAGGUUUGUGCAACACCCGCCCCACAGACCUGGUGUUCAUCGUGGACAGCAGUCGCAGUGUCCGUCCCUCUGAAUUUGAGCAGGUCAAGGUCUUCCUGGCCAAGGUUAUUGAGGGGCUGGACGUGGGAACCAACGCCACCCGUGUCGGGGUGGUCAACUACGCCAGCCGCGUCAAGAACGAGGUUUCUCUGAAGACCCACCGCACCAAGGCAGGCCUUGUAAAGGCCGUGACCAAGAUCGAGCCCCUGUCCACUGGUACAAUGACGGGCCUUGCCAUCCAGUUCGCCCUGAACGUGGCCUUCAGCGACGGCGAGGGUGCACGUGUCAAAUCUCCCGACAUCAGCAAGGUUGCCAUUAUUGUGACUGAUGGACGUCCCCAGGACAAUGUGAAGGAUGUGGCUCAGCGGGCACGGGAUGCCGGCAUUGAAAUUUUCGCCAUUGGCGUUGGGCGUGUGGACAUGAACACCCUGAAGCAGAUGGCCAGCGAGCCCCUGGACGAUCACGUGGACUAUGUCGAGAGCUACAGCGUCAUUGAGAAGCUGACCAAAAAGUUCCAGGAGGCCUUCUGCGUGUCAGACCUGUGCGCCACUGGGGACCAUGACUGCGAGCAAGUAUGCAUCAGCACCCCUGGAUCAUACAAGUGUGCCUGCAAAGAUGGCUUUACCCUCAUGAGCGACGGUCGCAGCUGCAGUGCUUGCAGCAACGCUGCCACGGAUGUGGUUUUCCUGAUCGAUGGCUCUAAGAGCGUGCGGCCUGAGAACUUUGAGCUUGUCAAGAAGUGGAUCAACCAGAUCGUCGACAAACUUGAUGUUUCUGAUAACAAGGCCCAUGUCGGACUGGUGCAGUACUCCAGCGCAGUCAAACAGGAAUUCCCCCUGGGCCGCUUCAACAAUAAGAAGGACCUGAAGGAUGCAGUGAAGAAGAUGGCUUACAUGGAGAGGGGCACCAUGACAGGCCAGGCCCUCAGGUACCUGACAGACAGCAGCUUCACUCCUUCCCAGGGCGCCCGGCCUGGUGUCACCAAGGUUGGUAUUGUCUUCACUGACGGACGCAGCCAGGACUACAUCGGAGACGCUGCCAGGAAAGCCAAGGAAAACGGCUUCAAGAUGUAUGCUGUUGGAGUUGGCAACGCAGUUGAGGAUGAGCUGAAGGAGAUUGCCUCAGAGCCCACUGGAGAACACUACUUUUACACUGCUGACUUCAAGACCAUGACCCAAAUUGCUAAGAAGCUGCAGAUCAACAUCUGUCAAGAGGAGGACCCUUGCGAAUGUGACUCCCUUGUAAAGUUCCAGAAAAAAGUAGAAGACGCCUUGCAGGCACUAACAAAAAAACUAGAGAGUGUGUCGAAGAGGAUUGCUGCGCUGGAAAACAAAAUUGUCUAA